AUGAACUGCUACUUCGUUGCGGCGCCCAUCCGCACGGAGAGGGGGACGACAGUUCCAGUGCUGGCGCUGCCUUUGCUCGAUUCACGAGACAAGCGGCUGGGCCACCUUUUCUCCGCCGUAGCCGCGACGUUGGACCUCUUUGACUCCAUGACGCCUGAAUGGCAGGUACAACACCUGCAACUGGCCGUGACCGUUUCUGCCGCCGCAGUGACCGCCAGCGGCGUCCGGCCAGACGAGAGGUGCCGUCCAGGCCGCGUCGUCUCUCGCCUGAAGGAACUCUUUUCCCGCGCCGGGUUGCUGACGACGCACCCAACGGGCAUGAUGCGUCGUUUCUCGUCGCUUGGGGACGAAGGCGUAGGGUGCGGUGCUCUCUGGCUUUACAUGGUGGUUCUGGCGACUGGCCUGUUUCCCGUCGCGUUGGAGGCGGAGCCAACAGGGCACGCCGCCGCGGAGGUGCUGGGGGAGGGAGUAGACAAGUGGCUGGCAGCUGCCUCUCCGAGCCAUCGAAGGCCCUUCUGGGAGCUCAUCUCAAGCCCGGCGUACCAGGCAUACCUCGCCCUGGUGCCCUCGCCACAAAGUGCGACGGUGUCCGCAGUGGGGCUUGUUGUCGGCACUUGUCUCAGAUCUCCGAGCAGCACGACGAGGCGGCGGCGGUGCUGCGGUUUCUGUAUGCUCAGACGUGGCGCGGCAGCGUCAUGCACGCCACGGCACAUUUACUUGCGGAUAGGCUGCUCAGCUUUCCUCUGCAGUUUGCUGUUGCCACUGCGUCUGCGACCGGCAUUGCUGAGCUCUGCGCGAGCAGCUUGGGUCGCAGCGCGGCGGCGGUGGUGGUGA